AUGUUCAAGACGGUCUGCAAGCUCAGGGCCCCGACGUCCAGCGGAUACAAGCCCCCCUUUCAACUUGCGCAUCCUAGAACGAGACCGUACCCUCGCGUUUCCCCGAUCUCGUCAACUGCACGAGCAGGCUUAUCACAUGUUUCUCCAAGGUAUAUAUCAGUACCGGCGGUAACCCCGGAGCCAUCCGCUCCUGUGGAAGUUGCGCCGUACCCAUCAAGUCAAGGUUCCGAUACGCCACCUCAACCACGAACCCUGCAGUCAUCAUCUCACAAAUCCCCUGCCAAGAAGAUAAAUACAGUCCCCAAACCCCGAGACGAGAUUGCUUUGCCGCAGCAGUCGAGCGCGGUGUCAGAUUCAGGUACCAACAAGGAAAAGGCCCCGAAAUUGAUAGCCGAGAAGACGGAGUCGGAGUUGGAGUCGCCCAACGAUGAAUUAGAUACAAAACCAGAUGCGAAAUCGAAGGGUGAUCUCUCGUUGGAUGAGAAAGUGGCGGAGAUUCGACGAGAAGUAUGGGGCAAAUGGGACUUGAAUCACAGGCCAAAAUCGCAAUUUGAGCUAGAUUUGAGGUACAAUCAGGACCUUCAGGUGCUCCCGACACAUUUACAGCCAAUCGAGCCUCCCAUCGAUUUGUUUGAGCGUGAGUAA